CUUCCUCCCCCAGAAUGCCUACGUUUUCCAGCCACGAUAUCCCAGACCUUCGUCACCAAGUCAUUAUUGUCACCGGAGGCAAUGUGGGCCUUGGUUAUGAAACCAUCCGUCAGCUGAGCUUGCACAACCCAGCCCGCAUCUACCUCGCCGCUCGAUCCAAAGACAAGGCAACCAAAGCCAUCAAAGAUCUACAGGAAGGGAACCCAAAGGGAGCCGAUGUCCAUUUCUUGCAGCUUGAUCUUGCAUCUUUUGAAAGCGUGAAAGCUGCAGCAGCAAACUUUCUUAGCCGAGAAUCCCGUCUCGAUAUUCUUGUCAAUAAUGCCGGAAUUAUGAUGACUCCUGAAGGACUGACAAAAGAGGGAUAUGAGAUACAAUUUGGAACAAAUGUUCUGGGUCCGGCCUUAUUCACUCAGCUGCUGCUGCCCACCUUGCGGCAAACGGCCAAAGCAAACCCUCAGACCCGCGUUGUUAUGCUGGGCUCUGCGGCCCACGUUCGCGCCCCCAGUGAUGUUUAUAAGUUCGAUGAGCUUCGUACAACUGGAUCUAGUCGGCAUACCACUCAGCGGUAUACCACGUCGAAACUUGCCGAUCUCCAUUACGCUAAAGCACUAGCCGAGAGGGAGACAGAGGUUAAGAUUAUUCCUGUUCACCCUGGCAUGGUAGCAACUAAUCUUCACCAUGCCUCAACUGGCACUUUUCUCAAACCUUUUCUUUACACUGCCGGUUUUCUGUUUGCAACACCCGUCGAGAAAGGCGCCCUCUCUCAAAUAUGGGCUGCUGUAAGUCCUGAUGCCAAAAGCGGGCAAUACUAUGGGCCUAUCGGGAAGGCAGAAUCAGGAUCGAAACUUGCCCAAGAUCAUGGGCUUCAGGAAAAGUUGUUCAAAUGGGUUCAAGACCAACUUGUGGGGCAUGUGGAAACAGCUUAUUAGACGCCAGCUUGUUUUCUUUUCUUUCCUUCUUUCUUUUCUUUUCUUUUCUUUGUUACUCUAUUUUCCUAUUCCAAUACACCAUUGUUUACUCAAACCUCAGUGGACAUGCAAAUG